ACCGUGUCCUUGGCAUAUCGGGUGGUAUUGACGAGGUUGGGGAGAUCAGAUGGGACCUUGCUCUCUGUUUACUCCUGGCAUGGAUAGUGGUUUAUUUCUGCAUAUGGAAAGGAAUCAGAAGUUCAGGAAAGGUGAUGUACUUUACAGCAACAACACCCUAUAUUCUCAUGUUCACCCUUCUCAUCCGAGGGACUUUGCUAGACGGGGCAGUGGACGGCAUCAUAUACUACUUAAAGCCAGAGUGGAACAGAUUGUUGGACAUCGAGGUGUGGGUGGACGCGGGGACACAGAUAUUCUACUCGUAUUCUAUAGGCAUCGGGACACUCACGGCGCUGGGAAGUUACAACGAAUUUCAUCAUAAUUCAUAUAGAGAUUCCAUUAUAUUCGCCCUCACGAACAGUGGAACCAGUAUCCUUGCGGGGUUCGUUAUAUUUUCAGUCCUCGGCUUCAUGGCCAACGAACAAGGUGUUGCAAUCAAAGACGUCGCGGCCUCAGGUCCUGGUCUUGCCUUUAUAGCCUACCCAAAAGCAGUAGCACAGAUGCCGGUAGCACUUCUAUGGAGCGCCAUAUUCUUCUUCAUGGUGAUUCUUCUCGGCUUGGACAGUCAGUUCGUCGGCGUGGAGGGCUUCGUCACAGCCUGCGUGGAUGCGUUUCCUAAACUGCUUCGAAAAGGCCACAGAAAGGAAAUAUUCGUGGCUUUUGUUUGCCUGAUUUCAUAUUUUGUUGGACUAUCUAUGUGUACAAAUGGCGGGAUGUAUGUGUUCCAACUGUUUGACUACAACUCUGGAAGCAGAAUUGUCCUGUUGGUAGCUUUCUUUGAGUGCCUCGUCGUAGCUUGGAUAUACGGAAUUCGACGUUUCUAUGACAACUUAUUAAUGAUGUAUGGCUUCCGGAUAAACUAUUUCAUGUACGGCAUGUGGACAAUAGGAGCACCGCUCUUCUGCUUGGUCAUCUUUGUUCUUAGUUCCAUCAGCUAUUCAGAGUUGACAUACGACCGUAAGGGGAGGGGUAAAUACAUAUACCCUGACUGGGCCGUGGGGAUAGGGUGGGCCAUGGCCUGUGUCUCCGUCGUCUUCAUCCCUAUCACAAUGGCCUUUCAGACAAUCAAAACAGUUUGGAAAGGAAAGGAGGAAACCGGGCAACACGGGAAAGCCUAUUCGCUGUCGAAGAGUCGUCCUAUGUAUUAG